AUGGGUUUUCUGUUGCUUGUGUCCCUAGGUUUACUGUCGCUUGCGUCCAUUGGUUAUCUGGCUCUUGUUGCCAUUGGUACUCGAUGCAACCCUGCCAUUGGUUCUGUGGCUCUUCCUGCGGUUGGUAUUCGGUCCCUUGCGUCCAUUGGUUCUGUGGCUCCUGCUGCCAUUGAUGUUCGGUCUGUUGUGUCCAUUGGUUGUCUGGCUGCUGCUGCCAUUGAUGUUCGGUCUGUUGUGUCUAUUGGUUGUCUGGCUACUGUUGCCGUUGUUGUUCGCCAUCCGCCAUUUGUAAAACCAUUUCUGCAUAAGUGCGCGAAAGAACUCAAGAAGUGGUAA